UGCAGAGCCGCUGUCGGAGGAGCGACUUAAAGGGUCCGCGCGCCGUCGCCGCCGCCCCCUCGGCCCGCCAUGCUGCUGCCCGUGUCGCUGCUGCUCGGCCUCCUCGGCCUGGUGGCCGCCGAGCCGGCCGUGUACUUUAAAGAGCAGUUUCUGGACGGAGAUGCGUGGACCAACCGCUGGGUGGAAUCCAAGCACAAGUCUGAUUAUGGCAAAUUUGCUCUCACUUCUGGCAAGUUCUACGGUGACCAGGAAAAAGAUAAAGGGUUGCAGACCAGCCAGGACGCUCGCUUCUAUGCCCUGUCGUCGCGCUUCGACUCCUUCAGCAAUAAGGGCAAGACCUUGGUGGUCCAGUUCACCGUGAAACAUGAGCAGAACAUUGACUGUGGGGGCGGCUACGUAAAGCUCUUCCCGCAAGACUUGGACCAGAAGGACAUGCACGGGGACUCAGAGUACAACAUCAUGUUCGGCCCAGAUAUCUGUGGUCCCGGCACCAAGAAGGUGCAUGUCAUCUUCAACUACAAGGGCAAGAACGUGCUGAUUAACAAGGACAUUCGCUGCAAGGACGAUGAGUUCACGCACCUGUACACGCUGAUCGUUCGCCCCGAUAACACCUAUGAGGUGAAGAUUGACAACAACCGGGUGGAGUCCGGCUCCCUGGAGGAUGAUUGGGACUUCCUGCCCCCCAAGAAGAUCAAGGAUCCUGAUGCCUCCAAGCCCGAGGGCUGGGACGAGCGCGCCAAGAUUGAUGACCCUACAGACUCCAAGCCAGAGGACUGGGACAAGCCUGAGCACAUCCCUGAUCCUGACGCCAAGAAGCCAGAGGACUGGGAUGAGGAGAUGGACGGCGAGUGGGAGCCGCCUGUGAUCCAGAACCCUGAGUACAAAGGCGAGUGGAAGCCGAGACAGAUCGAUAAUCCAGACUAUAAGGGCGUCUGGAUCCACCCAGAGAUCGACAACCCCGAGUAUGCACCGGAUAGCAACAUCUAUGCCUUUGACAGCUUUGGGGUGCUGGGCCUGGACCUCUGGCAGGUGAAGUCUGGUACCAUCUUUGACAACUUCCUGAUUACCGAUGAUGAGAAAUAUGCCGAGAGCUUCGGGGCUGACACAUGGGGUGUGACCAAGGAAGCUGAAAAGCAAAUGAAGGAAAAGCAGGAUGAGGAGCAGAGGCUGAAGGAGGAGGAAGAAGAUAAGAAGCGGGAGGCAGAAGAGGCAGAGAAGGAGGAUGAUGAUGACAAGGAUGAAGAUGAUGACGAUGAUGACAAGGAAGAGGAGGAGGAAGAGGAGGACACUGCUGGCCAGGCCAAGGAUGAGCUGUAGGGGCCGCACAGCCGCCUCCAGGGCUGGACUGAGGCCUGAGCACUCCGCAGCGAGCCCACAGCGCCAAAUAAUGUCUCUAUGAGACUGGAGAACUUUCGUUUUUUUUUUCCAGGCGGGUUCUGAUUGGGGGUGGAUUUGGGGUUAACUCCUCCCCUUCGGUCUUUUUUUUUUUUUUUUUUUUUUUUUUUACUGGUGUUCUGUCAGAUCCUUUUUGGCCCCAGACCCUCCAGCUGACUUACCUCUUUCUUCAUCACCUGCCCGCCUCUGCCUCUGUUCUCCCAGGUCCUUAGUUUCCUCCAGCCUGGGGGGUGUGCCCAGGGCCAGUUCUGGACCCCAGAGAAGGGCAGGAGAAAGAGGGUGGAUAUCCCCAGCACUGAGGAAGAAUAACGGGGUUCCUAGGGCCCAAGUUCUGAUUUCCCCACUUUUCCCUCUUUGACCACAACCCCCCACCCCAGGACUGGGCCACUUCUGGGUGGGGCCGUGGGUUCCAGCUCGGCUCACACCGAGAAUGUAAGAACUUCAAACGAAAUUUCUAUUAAAUUAAGUUUUGUGUCUU